AUGGGGCAGCCCUGGCCAGUCCUGGCCCUGGGGGCAGUCAGGGUCUCACUGAUCCUUCUGGGGCUGCUGGUGCCCACACAGGCGGUGGUGCGAGCCGUGCUGGAUGGUAACUCAAGCACCGUGGAGUUUGCGGACCUGCCGGCCCUGUUCGGGGUGCCCCUAGCCCCCGAAGGUGUGCGGGGCUACCUGACGGAGGCCAGACCGGCCAACGCGUGCCGUCCCAUCGAGGGCCCGCGGCCGGGCAACGGCUCCCUGGGUGGCAUCGUGCUGAUCCGCCGGUACGAUUGCGCGUUUGACCUCAAGGUGCUGCACGCCCAGCGGGCCGGCUUCCAGGCGGCCAUCGUGUACAACGUGCGCUCUGACGACCUGGUGCUCAUGGCCCAUGUCUACGAGGACCUGCAGUGCCAGACCGCCAUCCCCUCGGUGUUCGUGGGCGAGGCCACCUCCCAGGACCUGCGGGUCAGCGUGCGCUGCGAUAAAUUGGCCCACAUCCUCCUGCUGCCCGACCAGCCGGCCUGCCCGGACCUGGACUGCCACCCCAUGCUGGCCAUCUCCUGGGUGCUGGGCUGCACCCUGGCCCUGCUCAUGACCGCCUUCUUCGUCCUGUGGUAUCUCUGGAACUGGCUGCGGGCCUGGUGGGCCCGCGGGCCAGGGGUCAAGGCGUGGGCCAGCCAGAGGGCCCAGGUGAGCACUUUCACGAGGCUUCACGACCUGUGUGCCAUCUGCCUGGAUGAAUACGAGGAAGGUGACCAGCUCAAGAUCCUGCCCUGCUCCCAUACCUACCACUGCAAGUGCAUCAAGCCCUGGUUCUCCCAGCCCACCCGGCGCUCCUGCCCUGUGUGCAAGCAGUCGGUGGUCAGCACGGAGGACAGCUCUGACUCCACCGUCAGCAGCCAUGGGUACGAGGAGGACCCCUCGCUGCCUGGUCACCGCCCCCCGAUCUGGGCCAUCCAGACCCGGCUGCGCUUCCGGAGGCUGGAGCUGCUGACCCGAGCCAGCGCCCCCCGCCGCGGGAGUGCCACCUCCGUGGGAGCACCUGAGCCCAGCGAAUCCUUGGAGGGGCCUCCAGAACCCCUCUGAGGCCCGCUGCCCCUGGCUGGUGGAGAUUGGGGCGGGGAGGGUAGAAGUGAGGAGUGU